AUGGCGACAACACGGACUUACACACUGGACGACUUUGCGAGCUACGGGCGUCAGCACUUUCCAGACGCGUAUGCGCUUGUUGCAGAUCCAUGGCUGUACGUGAUUGAGUCUCGUAGAGGCCUUCCCUACACGAAGCCAGGACGUUCUACUUCAUCGCUCGUGCUGGCGAAGAAGGUCAACCGGACCAAGCCGUAUCUGACGCUGCAAGAGGUGGUCUUGUAUGGAUCACGAGUCUCCUACAUCUAUGACCCCAGAGACGGAAUUUUUCACAUGAAGGAGGUCAUCGAUGCAUACGACCUCAAUGCCGGCGACUUGCGCGCACCCUUCUGCUAUGUCGCAGCCGAUCCGGAAGACAGUGCCAAAGCGUCAGCUAAGCUGUAUGGCGAGGCAUAUCGACUCAAUCUCCUUGUACACUUUGUCUUCCUGUUGACCGGUAGAAUCACGCACUUUCGUGGCGCCAUAGACCACGAUUUGCUCAAUGAGUUCAAGACCCUUUGCGAGCACAUCCAGCAGAGGAAGGCAGCUGAGAGCAACUCCGUGCGGAAGGCGAUAUUCAAAAAGGGAGAGCCUGAGAUCGAAGCUGAUCUUGAAGACUAUGACCUGGACAACACAGGCGCUGGAGAACAGCAUCCGCAGCAAGCCAGAUCCGCAGAAUCAACUCCAAGCACGAUCGACGAGCCACACUCAGUCAGCCCUGACCCUCCACCCCGCAAGCGAACUGCAAGUCAGAUGGCUGACGAUCCGGCUGAUGAGAACGAAGACCGCCCCCGCAAGUGCAUCAAGCUCCUCGAAGAAGCAUCCUCGAAGCUCGCCGAGGCCCUCAGCAUGUCUCGAGAAAAUGAAUCUUGGGGCUCCGCCCGAGAAAACGCUUUGCGGGACGAGAUCGCCGGGCUGAGGGGCCAGCUCGCUAAUCGCGAGGCUGAGAUUGCUGAGCAGGCGGCUCGGAUUGCCGAGCUGGAAGCUAAGAACAAAGAGUGCAGAGACAAGUUGGCACAAGGCAGUGAGAAGCUCGGCGCUGCUGAUGAGCGGACGAAGAAGCAGGCGCAGAAGUUCGAGGAUCUCAUGGAGGAGAGGGAUGAAAGGAUGAGGAAGAUGGUGUUGAAGAUGAAGGAGCUUAGAAGGGAGAGGGAUGGGUGGAGGGAUAGAUAUGUGGAUGAGAAAGAUGAGUGGAGGAUUAGAUACGAAGAUGAGAUGAAUGUGUGGAAUGGCAAGUACAAGCUGCUGAAGAAGGGCACGAUGAGGGCUCUGACUAAAGGGUUCUGA